AUGACGUCUCAUUUGCUUUUACUUGGUCUCUUGGUGGCGGGGUGCUCCCUUGUGUUUGCAUCGGACCCUAGUGCUCUUCAGGACUUCUGUGUGGCAGACCAAAAUAGCACAGUAUUCGUGAAUGGUUUGGUUUGCAAAGAGGCAAGGCUUGUACAACCUGAUGAUUUCUUUUAUAGAGGACUGCAACUAAUGGGAAACACUUCGAAUGCGGUUGGGUCUGCUGUGACUCCGGUGACCGUAGAAGAGCUGCCAGGACUUAACACUCUUGGUAUCUCAAUGGCACGUAUUGACUUUGCCCCACAGGGUAUUAACCCCCCACAUACACACCCUCGGGCCACUGAAAUUUUGACUGUUAUGGAAGGCCGUAUUCUAGUCGGAUUUGUCACGUCCAACCCUCAAAACCGACUCAUCACAAAAGAACUUCAGAAAGGUGAUGUUUUCGUGUUCCCAGAAGGCCUGAUUCACUUCCAAAAAAACGUGGGAAAUGGCUAUGCUGUUGCAAUUGCAGCUUUGAGUAGUCAAAAUCCAGGAGUUAUUACCAUUGCAAACGCUGUUUUUGGGUCAAAUCCCGAUAUCGCUGGAGAUAUUCUUGCGAAGGCCUUUCAAGUUGACAUCAACGUCGUCUAUCAAAUUCAAUCGAAAUUCUAG